AACACCGCAGUUACUUUUAAAAAUUUCCUAUAGGAUACACUUUGUUUUGAUAGCUUAGUCGAAGAUAGCAAAAAAAGCAGCUUUUAAACAUGUUGUAACUCAACACAAAAAUAUUUGUAAGAAUAAUUUCACUUUUAUAACAUACGUCUCAGCUGGCCCAGACACAAAACAGGUAGAACCAGCGGCUGUCCGGUAGUGCCCAGUUAAAGACCAGCAGUUGCGGCCAUAAAGUAUCAGAACUCGAAGCGGUAAGGGCAGUGAAGACGCUUAAAAUACACGCAGACGCGCAUAUUAGCAUACAUUUUGAACGCGGUGGCAAAAGCGGCAAGCGAACAUUUAAAAUUCAGUCCAAUUUCGGCGGCGAACCGCAAAAGUAACUGUAGAAGGCGGCAGCAAGCAAACAGUUAGACGCCUAACUGAAACAAAUUGAAGUGUUAAAGAGUCUCGGAAAAGUUGAGCUGAGUUAAGUGCGCUUCAGCAAAUUGGCACAAAAAACUUUUCAAAUAAUUCGACAAAGUUUGCUGUGAACUUGAGUGUGGUCGAGUACUUAAGGAUGUCGUUGAAGGAUUUCAUAAUUCUGCUGUGUAUUUUGGCUUUCAGUUGGGCGCAAGCGACGGGGGGUGCGGCAAAUUUACAUGAUUCACUAGUUCAGAUGACCGAGUGUGGCAUUGCUGUCUCAGUGAGGAAUUUAAGUAAUAUUCACGAAAAUAAGUUACUAGAAGAAGCUAACCGGAACAGUACAGAGAGCGUAAGUGAAGAAGCUCCAAUUUUGCGGACUUUAAGCACGGAGUUUAGUGGUAGUGGAACCAGUAAUUCCACUGAGAGUGAAAUAUUGUCGGGGUGCGCACGAAAACUGCCCAACUUGGGCAUCAUGUCAAAGCGUCCGGCCACGCUUUUCGCGCCCGAGUCGAAACCCUUCAAUAUACUCAGUCAACUGCAGCUGGAUGAAAUACGCGACGCUCAGGAGCAGCUACUGCUCAAUCCGGGACGUUUGAAGGCGGCUAAGAAAAAGAAAAAGAAGAAGAAGAAGAAGAAGAAGAAAAAGAGAAAAAAUAAAAAUAAAAAGAAACCGAUUGGUGAGGAGGCCACUAUCUUCUACACACAACUCACCACGAAACGACCUCAUUAUUAUCAUGUUGUAACGACCACCAAGGUGCCGAAGAAAAUCAAGUACAUUGUACGCAAAAAGAACACAUUGAAAAAGAAGAAGAAAGAAUAUCUCAAUCACUUGAAGCAUGUACUCUACCCGUUCAUCAAGUUUAUCGCCUUCUUUACGGUACUCAAUCCAUUCACCUUGAAAGUUUUCCUCUUUGCGCUCAUUUCGCCAGUUGUGUUUGGAUUUCUAGGUUUUAUGGCGCUUAGCUUUAUGGUAAAACCAGCACUUCACCUACUUUUCGAUGUCAGAAAGCGUGUGGACAUCAUCAAGCAGAAGAAAUGGCGUGAGAAGAAGCGACGCGAACGUUGGCGUCACGGCCGUCGGCCGAUCACUAUACACAAACACUACUAUAAGAAUGUGGUUGUGCCGCCUCCACAUAAACCCAAGUCGCCACCGCAUAUAUUAUCGCACCCACCACCGCCGAGUUGGCCCGAGUGGGUGCGUUCGGAUAAAAUUAACUUCAAACCAAAACCGCAGCUUCACAGUCCACCGCGGGAGAUCCUACGGCAUGAACAUCGCGAACGUUUUCGACCAACGAAAUUGCGCUUCAAUCCCAUAUUGCCGGAGGUUGAGGACGAAAUUGAGGAUUGGCCCUAUGGACCAACGCCAUUCGGUGGAAGACCACCACCGAAAUUGGAACACGAAACAUUCCAGUUUAAGCGCCCACGUCCGAAGUUGCGACAUAGCAAUCACUUUAUUCCGUCACGUUACGAAAAUACACAGAGCGCUCCACUUUCGCAAAGCAUUUCAGGAGAGUUUGAGGAUGCACCAUUUUUGUAGGUUUUAAGUUAUAGUGAUAAGCAUGUGAAAUAUACAAUAUGUAAAUAAGAAACAAUAAAUAAAGACUGUUCAACUAGAAUUAUUUGCGAUGUCUGUAAUCACAACAAUACAAUCUUAGGGCUCCCCAAAGUCAAGAGAUAUAUAAUGCAAUGCCAAAUUUGUAGAAAAGAAUUGCAAAACGCCAUCCUUAAAAAUAUAUUUGCAUUCUUUUGUCAUUAAACAUUUCUCAAUAAAAAUCUGCGCCGAAUUAAAAUUAAAUUAAAAUUUUACCGUUAUUUCCCAAUGAUUACAUUAAGCGCUUGAAGCGAUUACUAAAGCGAUCCUUG